GGCAUUUUCUCCUUUCUCCUUCGCUGCAUUGAGAGUGUGCUUCCUCAGUAUCUUUUGCCAUGGAAAAACCAGCCUUGACAGAGGUCCACAAUCACUGUAAGUCUCUCUUAAGGGGACUGAUCAGUUUAAGGAACUAGAAGGAGACUGAGAAGGAGCCAUCUGUCCCUGAGGGGUGAAGAUUCACGAUCAUAGGAACCUACAAAAACCUCCAGGAUAAAGGAUUUAACUGCAGUGCUUGCUUUCUCAAUAUACGGCAUAUUAAUUUGACCGUAGCUUUAUCUGCUAUAGAAGGUGGACAUUUUUUGCCAUUUAUAUGAUGAUUCAACAAAACAUGUCUGUAAAUCGAUCAGUUGACCACUGCAAAACACCCAGUGACAUUACAUACCAAGUCCUCUCCUGGGUAAUGGUGGGAGAAUUUACACUGGGUCUGCCUCUCAACCUGUCCGUUCUCUACAUCUUCAUCUUCAGAUACAAGUUCUGGAAGAACAAAGCGAUCUUCUUGUUCAAUAUUGUGGUUGCUGAUUUCUUGCUGGUGGGCUGCCUUCCUUUCAAGAUCCAUCAUUACCAGCACAACUUGAGGCGCAGUGAGGAUACUGUGCUUUGUAAGAUAAUGCUUUUCAUGCUGUUUCUCAAUCGAGGAGCCAGCAUCGCCUUCCUCAUCACAAUGUCCCUCGAUCGCUACUUCAAUGUGGUCCAUCUUGGAAGGAGAAAUUUUGUCAAGGUGUUUAAGAAAUCUCCUCAGAUAUCUGUCAUCAUCUGGAUCCUCUUGCUUCCCCUCACUAUUCCCACUAUGGUCACAACCUUUGAGUGCUGCAACAGCCACGGCCGUGUAAAGGAGACAUACUUACAUGACGUGACGGACACCUUUAGAGAGAUCGUUUUCUUCUCCCAAAUCAUCAUCCCCUACAUCAUCCUCGUCUACUGCACGGUCCGCAUUGUCAACCGGCUGAGGAAGAAGACGGUUGGGGAGAAGACUAAGCUGAGGAGGGCUGUGUGCUUGGUCACGUCUGUUGUGGUCGUCUUCUCCUUCUGCUUCCUUCCCUGCACUAUAGCCAGAGCAGCACUGCUGUUUGUGCGGCUGAAGAACUGGCAGGAUGCAGAAAACAUAGCCGUCCAGUGGUACGACGCCCUCAUGGUUUUGUCUUACAGCGACUGCCUGCUGGACCCGUUGAUUUACUGUUUCUCUAACUCAGGGUUUAAAGAUGUUUACAUAUCUACCUUUUGCCCCACAUUUAUUCAGAAAAGACUGACAAAUUCUGACUCUGGCACCACAAACACACCAACAUGUACAAGUACUACUACUACUGCUGGCGCUAGAACGAUUUUUUUGCCUGUAAUGGAGAAAUAAUCUGUCUCUCUGAUGCUUGACGACAACGUGGGCUCUUUGUUUACCAUCUUCCAGCACUGAUUGUGUAACCACUCAUCCACCCACAUAGGUGUUUUUAGCUGGGGGAAGAAGUGCUGACAAUUUGAAUUCAUCAGAUGACAUUUAACUAGGUGGUGAACACACAGCACUCAGUAAACACCACAGUUACUAAACAGAGUCAGUAAGUCGCUGAGAUGCAGCUCAAAGAUUAUUAUAUUUUGCUCUUUGUUAAAAGAUGAUUACUUUACAGACUCGGGGAGGCAGGCACUAAUGUAGGCGGGAAGUUGCUUAUUAAAUGUAAAUAUUUUUCUUGUGUGCAUGUAUAGUUAUUUUGCAGGUUAUUUUCCACAGGAUGCCAAGUGAUACUGCUAAAUGAGUGUUUAUUAAGGUUUUCAGGUGCAUCUUUCUGUGCAGUUGGCUAGUCUGAUACUAGUUUGGUACUACUACUGAAGGGUGGUUCCCAUCUUUCCAGUUAAGGAGGGCUGUUUUUGUAGCCACUGUUAAGGGUUUGUACACAUUUUUUCAUACUCAUGCCAGAUCUUCAAGCAGACAUGGGGACAGAGAGGGUGAAAUGCUGCGAGCUACAGCUGAGGAUAUUAAACUGUAUAAUUUGAAUGGGCAGGGUGCCAUGGAGGUAGUCUUAAUUUUCAAGGGACCAUGAUAUUGUACACUUUUAAAAAGAGGUUAUUCUAAAUUUAAAAGAUUUCAAUACAAAUAACUAUGUUAUUAUUCCACUUCUAUAUCUUAGAUGUAGAAAAUUACAUGAUAUUUGAAAACAUAAAUAUACAUAAACACAACCUUCCCUUAACUUUGCUACAUCAGUAGACCGAUUGUUUUGUUUGGACAAAAUCUUGAAACUCCAAACUAUUAAUAUAAUGAAUGUGUCUUAACUGUGAGUCCUCCUUUUAUGUAAUUGAUCCUGUUUUAUGAGCUCUGUGUAAGAUUUUGUAUUAGAUGAGAUACAAGGCACAGAACACGGCCAGUGAUUGGUUUUUAUCUUACAGUUAUGGGAUUUACCGUCGGUUUUUAUUCAAAGAUUAAGACACUUUUAAAUCACAAUGACCUUUUCGUUCCUGCAAUGUGUCAGUGAAGGUGCUUUUACUUUUUUUAAUAUUAAAGGUCAGGUCAGAGUUUUUAAACGACCUUCUAUUGAAAAUAGAAACUACCUUUUAGGGAUUUAUUUGCACUCUUAAAUGUGAAACGCAUAUGAAUACAUGCGCAGUAAUCUGUUGUGAGGAAACUGCCUUCACAUGUUUAUACAGUCCUAUGGAAACAAUGGUUUGGUCAAAGUAUUACAAACCAGCAUGACUGUAUGGGGCUUUUCAGUGGAUUAACAGGGAAGUGUAUGAAAUUAAAAAACCUGUCUGAGUAGUCCACUCAUAAAAAAAAUAUUAUUUCCUAGGUGGAAAUUUACACUUCAACUGCAUGUUUUAAAUUGUAAAAUGCAAAUACAUACUGUAUGUCAAUAUUUACUUGAAUAUAAAUGUUAAAGUAUUUUUAGGGUUAUUUUUAAACCAGAUGACAUAAUAUGUUAGUAAUUCCUGUAAUAAAGCCAAAGCACUUAGCAUUAGCAAUAUCUAUUUGAUCUCUCUUUUAUUCAUCCUACUAGGAGUUUUUUUAAUUAUUAUUAUUGUUACAGAAAAGCAGAGUAUAUUCUUUAGCAACUUUUUAAAAGUUGCCUUCUUAAGGCUGACCUUCUAAAUAUGCACAGGUCUCAUUUAUCACUCAGGAAACUCUAUAAUGCUGAAUGCAUCAUCUCUGUCAUUAAUGCCUUAAACCUCAAACCAGUAUGACCUAUUUGGUGUGGCUCACCUGCAGUGCAAAUUUUGUGAAAUCUACCAACUGUUCUGAUGUUGCUCAAAAAGUGCGUUUGACCGUUGAACUUUGAGCACUUGUUUCAGUUACUUGUGGAAUUUUAUUUCACAUUUUCCAUCGCAAAGUGUUCUUUCCUAUUGUGUGAAUAAACUGGUGAGUGCUGAUGUUAUUGAUUAAGCGCCACUACAAAAAAUGUCAAACUUUGCCGGACAACAUGUUACACUGUAUACAUUUUAAACCUAAAUUAUCUGCCUGUAUGAUGAUGAUGAUGUGUGCAUACUGCUGCUGUAACUACACAUCUGACAGAGUUUUUGCAA